AUGCCAACUCAGUCUCUGCUGCCGUUUGUGGAGAGCCCGGAGGGACUCACCCAAGAGAAUUUGAUUAGCAACAGUGCCAGUAUUCCGGGUUCUGGCUCGAGCAUGACACCUCACGCUACCUGUCCCUCAAAGACUGAGGCAAAGUGCGGAGCAAAUGAGUUGCCAUCUUGUAUGUUUUGCGACAAGACAUUCAAGCACCAGGAUGAGGUGGGGCACCACGUUCUAACACAGCAUCCCACUACAUUUUUUGAGCCUACCGUGCUCAAAAUUGAAGCAGAAUUUAGGAUCCCGGGGCAGAGAUCCCGGCCCAAAUCGAGCAGCUAUGCGCUCGAUAAAGGGGAUGCCCACACAUGUAUCGUCUGCGGCCUGGUGUCGCAAGACGCAGGAGAACUGGAGACCCACCUGAGGAAACACAAGGACUACUUCACCUAUGGUUGCAAUGUGUGUGGGCGGCGGUUCAGAGAGCCCUGGUUCCUGAAAAACCACAUGAAGAUGCAUGGAAAGUCAGGAGCCAAGAGCAAGGCCAUGCAAGACCAGGAGGUCCCCAUCACAGUCAAUGGUGUUGUUCAAGAGACUGUUUCAGAGCCUGUAAUCACUGCCUAUAAAAUGUGCAUGGUUUGUGGUUUUUUCUUCCCAGACCACGACAGCUUGGUAGAACAUAGUAAAGUACAUAAUCGAGAGUUGGGGCCUACCAAAGAAGACUACUCUGAGUCAAAGGAAACUGCUACUAAAUCUUUGACCCAACAAAGUUUUUUUCACCUUCUCAAACUUAGGCCUUAUCCCGCAGGCAAAUCCUUGCAACCUGAAAGAACAUCCAAAUGGAUUCCUCAACUGGAUCCUUAUAACACAUUUCAGGCCUGGCAAUUGGCCACAAGGGGCAAGAUUGCAGUUGGUCCCGUUUCUACGAAAGAAAUGGGCCCGGAAGCCAGCACAGACAAUGAAGACUGCAUCUCUGAUAAAGAGCCAUUGAGCUCUGCAUCUACCUGGUCUGAUUGUCAAGGAGAUAAAAAUAUCAAAGAGGUUUUCAGCAGAGAGCUAAGAUCCCAGCGGCAGGCUGUGCCAACAAUCCUACAAAACAACUCACGACUUCCACAGAGAAGAUCCCUGAUGCAAAAAAGCAAAGAGAUUGACAGGCCCACCACAUGCGGGGAAUGCCAGCGUACCUUUAAGACUUACCACCAGUUAGUGCUUCACUCCAGAGUACACAAGCGUGAGGGAGGCAGAGAGGAGAGCCCCACUCCCUCAACUGAGGGAAUGUUGUCCAGAUCAGGUUCAGCAUACCGCAUCGAAGAUGAGGCUGAAGAAGGCUUCGACACAGGUGAGGAUGGCUUCUAUUCAUCUAAAGACCGUUCCAAAGACUGCAGCUACUGUGGAAAAUCUUUUCGCUCCAGCUAUUACCUCACAGUGCACCUGAGAACUCAUACAGGUGAGAAACCCUACGAGUGUGUAUAUUGUGACUACGCUGCCGCCCAGAGGACAUCCCUGAAAUAUCACCUGGAACGGCGUCACAAGGAUAAACCUUACGUGUAUGUCCCGACCAAACCUGUGACUCCGGUGCCCUCCCUGAGUGACAGGAAUGGAAAUUCAGCAGUGAAAAGAUCCAAACUUUGGCUUGCGGUGCCCAAGGAAGAAACACAGGAUAAGUUGCCAACCACUGAUGGUGAGCUAGAAAAAGCGACCGUGCAGGAUGAAGAAGAACAUAAGAAAGUAGAAAUUCCUAAUCAAGCUUUCGAGCCAACUAAGAAUGUUAGCAUAAAGUGCCCUGUAGCUGUUAAUCUGACGGUGGAAAAGGAGGAGAUAAAAAAUGAGAACUGCGAGGCCCCAUUAAAUCUGUCCUUAAAAAUGUCUCUCUCAGUCCCUGCCAGCACACAACCCAAAAAUGCAUUAAUUUCAUCUGUGUGUUCGUUUUGCACAUAUAAAACCAUCUACCCAGAGGUUCUUAUUAUGCACAAAAGGCUGUCUCACAAAGAUGAGUGCAAUGGUGCAAGAAAGAUUACUUACGGCAAGCAGAAACGCCUCACAGGCUGCCCACCUGCGCUCCAAGGAAAAGACGUCAUCCCGCUUACUAUGAUUGACAGGCGUCACCCUCGCCGAACUAAGUCCCCUCCUCCGCAACCUGCAAAACCCAAAGAAAUGAAAACUACCAACCUCUCCCAUGCUCCAAAGCUGAUCCAUGCACCUAUUUACGUUGGUCCCCAUGAGAGAAAACAUGUAACAGACAAAGAGGAGUCAAAGCCUAUCAAAGAGUCUGCUCGAUUAACUGAGCAGGUAAGAAAUUCUAGCCAGUUAGGCUUGUACCAGAAUGAGCGACCGACAACUACCUUCACCACAGUGGCAGCUGCUGAAAAGAGUUUCCCCGAAAGAAGCGCCGCCAUGUGGAAAUCUGAUGCUGCCCACCUCUUCCUCUCCAGCCAGUUUGGGAACCUGCCCGGGAUUGGUGAGCCAUCCAGCAAAAGGUUAAAGCAAACUCUUCCUGCAGUUGGUGUCGAUGUUGGUUUUAGAGCACCAUCAACUAGCAAUGAACCUAAUAGGCUGCAUCAUCAAAGGGAUGGUGUAAAAACUACGUCACAAGGGUUGCAUCCAGCUGUGAACACCUUGGCUCCAAGAAAGGGCACAUCCAUGGCCAUUGGAGUAGGUAUGGUCGCUGACUGGAACAUGAUGAACCUCUUGCAUGCCUGUACCCCCAACAACCUGGCAUCACUCUACCAUGGCGUCCCAGUGAGCCAAAACCGCAUGGGGCAGACUAACCCAAGAACAGGGGGCAGAAGUGUGCUGUUCCAAAAUUUACCUUCGCUUCCCCGACUGCCAAGGAGAGAGAAACCGUCCCCCAUCCCUAAUCAACACUAUGGGACCUCUGAUAAUACGAUAUAA